AUGACUUAUAUUUCUCUUGCUCCAGGUGCAUUGACAGCAAUAGCUCUGGCUUCUAAAAACCCAUCUGUGCACUUCAGUGUGGUCGAUAAAGAUGCCUCCCUGAUUGCGGCUUGGAAUUCAGACCAUACCCCAAUAUUUGAGCCAGGUCUUGAAGAUAUCUUAUUUGAGGAUGGCCAAAUCCAGGAGAAAGCACUUUAUGUUUUGUCACACGGUUAUGAAGGGAGGCGGAGGAGAAGGCUUGCGAACUUAACCUUCUCUUCUGAUAUUAAUACACACAUAUCAGAGGCCAAUAUCAUUUUUAUCUGCGUCGACACUCCGUCAGAAAUCUCUUUUCCUGAUAGCGAUGAGAUCAGAGGUCUCGACCUGAAGAAUCUAGAGUCAGCCAUCAACUCGAUCGCGCAGCUUUCAACAGGGCACAAAGUUAUAGUCCAGAAAAGCACAGCACCUAGCGGCAUCUGUCAAUGGAUCAAAAAGACGCUGAAAGAUGCUGCUCCACCAACGGCCUCAUUCGACAUAAUUUCAUGUCCAGAGUUUCUAGCUCAAGGCACCGCAAUGCAAGAUCUCUUGAACCCUAACAGGGUCGUCAUUGGCUACGACCCAGCAGCAGACGGCGCCAUUACUGAAUCAGUGAAAGCCCUGAUACGCUUAUACACACCAUGGGUGCCCAAGGAACGAAUAGUCACGACCGACACAUGGUCAUCAGAGCUAGCCAAAAUUGCCUCCAACGCACUUAUUGCCCAGCGCAUCAGCAGCAUAAACUCCCUAAGUGCUGUAUGCGAAGCGACCGGCGCAAGUGUCACCGAGCUCUCUCGUAUUGCUGGUCUGGACCCACGGAUCGGACCGCAAUGUCUGCGAGCCGGCUUCGGAUUCGGUGGUUCUUGCCUGCGCAAGGAUGUCUGCUGCUUGAUAUACUUAGCCCGUGAGCUUGAACUUCACGAUGUGGCCGACUACUGGCGGGGAGUGAUUCAAAUCAAUGACUCCCAAACCACACGCAUCACGAAACGGAUAAUGUCAUUUUUGCUCUCUGACAUAACAGAGACAGACACAAAGGCAGCUAUUCUUGGUUUCUCUUUCAAGAAAAACACAACGGACAUUCGAAAUACCACUGCGAUUAAGCUGGUUCGAGAUUUGGUUGGCCGUGGAUUGUCCGUCAAUAUCUUUGAUCCGCACGUUCCGAGGCAACGCAUUGAAAAGGCUUUGAUGUUACAGUGUGGUGCGGCUCAUGUGAAUGCUAACGUGGUAGAGAGCACUGAGGCAGCGUGUGAGGGAUGCAGUGUGAUUGUGUUGCAUACCGACUGGGAUGAGUUUGUAGGGGCUGGUGUGGAUUGGAAGGAUAUUGUUGAUCAGAUGCGAGAACCAAGGUUGUUCCUGGGACCCCCUGGGUCAUUCGAUGUACACAAGAUGAAGCAGUAUGGGUUUACUGUUCUGGAAGUGGGGAAGCCAUAG